AAAAUGUCUUGAUUGGUUCCUGUAGCUAGUCUGGAUUAUUUUAAAGAAAUAAUAAUAUCUGGAGAAUCAUAAAAGCUGAAUUUUAACAUUAGUAAGGGCCAGAAGAAUUUAAAUCCUAAUGUAAGACAGAAUUCAUGAAGAGUUCUAGUACAGAUAGUGUUUUUAUCUGGGAAGCAGGGCUCAAAACCAGGUCAGGAGGGCUUGUUGGGCCAGGAGUGUCCGUGGUUGGUAAGGUGGCUGGGGGAAGGCCUUUUGAUGGCUCCAUUGUUCACAGUGCUGCCCUACAUAUACCAUACCCCUCCCACCUCCUCUGCCAGGGCCGAGGGGAAGAGUAGGUCCGGUGAACUGAGCUCUAGGGAGCUGGUACCAGCGUCCCUCAGCCACCCUCGGCUACCCCUUGGGGCAGCAACGAUGCCAUCCCUGUCCCUGGUAGAGAACACACAAAGGAAGCCCCACCCGUCCUUGGAACUGAAGACACGCUGGGGUGGCGGCUGGCGUGGACCCCAUUUCAGGGCGCCCCUGGUCCCCGCGGGGAACAAUAGCUGCCGCUUCCUGGGCGGUCUGGCUAACGCCAGGCACAAAGGUCUGGGCCGCCAUGUGAUGCGCAGGCUCGCUCCGCGCGCGUUCUCCACGCCCCCGCGAGCCGCCAGGCUGCAGGCAGGGUGGGCUGAUGCUCCCGAUCCACCUGGAGCACUUUCGCAAAGACAAACGCGGUUCCUCCUACUUCAGAGCAAGUCUGGGCCAGCUGGGAUCCGACCAGAAACCGCAAGCGGAGGAGACGUAGGCACACAAGCUGAGCGCUAACGGAAGCCGAGACCUGAGCCCCGCGCCUGCUGGGGAGCUGCGCAGCCAGGACAGCAGUCGGCAGCGCAGGGCCUGGACGCAGGGCCGGCCGUCGCUGCCUCACGUCCGAGGCUAGCAAGGCUGCCCGCCAGCCCCGCCGCCCGCCUUCGGACUUCCCGGGGAGCCCAGGGCCCUCCCAACGCGCCUGCACCCACACCCGCCCCUGACCCACAGUGACCCUGCAUUCCCCGCCCCCCGCCACACCUCCUGCGUGCCCGAAUGUCGCCCUUAAACGCUGCUCUACACUCAGAGAGGGACGAAUCCACCUGUGAAGGCAGGGCAGGACUAAUUUCAAUGGGUCAGAAGGUUCUUGCAGGCACUGUUUUAUUUAAGAGUGUCUAUUUACUGGCAGGAGUAUUUGUGUGGGAGGAAGUAGGCUAAGACUGCUGUUGAACUUGAAGCUAAACUUGAAAGCCAUUUAAAAUAACAAUAAAAAUAUACUUAAAACACCAA